CACAGGUAUAUGCUUGCGGAUACUUGUAGGUACCUACAUGCCCUUUACAAGGUGGUAGAGGUACCUACCUAUCUAGGCAUGUGGUGCAACUUCCCUUGAAAUGCGGGGGAGGGGUGAGAUCUACCUACCAAAAUGCGCUUGUACCAAGGUAGUUUCUAUAGGCCGCCCACCUAUCAAUAUGAGGUGAGGGGCCUCAAUUUUUUUCCUCCCUCUCCCAUCAGACGUGAACCGCGAAAAUGCUGGAUAUGGGCUCGAAUAUCCCUCCCACUUAUACCCACUAGCUCUCUCUCCAUUGAUAAGGCGCUCUCCAAAGCCUGUCUUUCGAAGCUGCAACGAACCAUUGACAAUCUCUCGCUAGGUAUAUUGCGUGCUCUAGGUAGCCAUGGGAGUAGAGUUCCCACUCCGCGUCCUUCUCAUCGGGAAUGGAGGCAGAGAGCAUGCGAUUGCCUGGAAGUUGAGCCAGUCGCCCCUGGUAGAGUCUAUCAUAACCGUCCCGGGGAACGGUGGCACGGCGACCUGCCCCAAAGUCACCAACGAUGCUUCAGUUUCAUCAGAUGAUUUUCCGGCCCUGCUCGAACUCGCCCGGCGGAAUAAUGUGAAUUACGUCGUCCCCGGCCCCGAGGCCCCUCUUGUCGCUGGCGCCGUGGACUUCUUCGAGAAUGCCGGCAUCAGGAGCUUUGGCCCAUCGAGGAAGGCUGCUCGGAUGGAGGGGAGUAAGACCUUCUCCAAGGACUUCAUGAAGAAGCACGGCAUCCCUACUGCGGCGUACGAGAAUUUUUCCGACUACGACAGCGCCCGAAACUACUUGGAUCGCGUGCAGCACGAUGUAGUCAUAAAGGCGAACGGGCUGGCUGCUGGCAAGGGAGUGAUAAUACCUACGUCAAAAGAGGAGGCGCAGACGGCUCUCAAGGAGAUCAUGCAAGACAAGGAGUUCGGAUCUGCGGGGGAUGAGGUCGUCAUCGAGGAGUUCCUGACUGGCGACGAGUUAAGCAUACUCACUUUCAGCGACGGCUAUACCAUAAAGUCGCUGCCUCCCGCCCAGGACCACAAGAGGAUAGGAGAGAGAGACACCGGCUUGAACACGGGCGGCAUGGGAUGCUACGCCCCGACGAACAUUGCUACGCCAGAACUCGUAGCGCAAAUCGACCGAGAGAUUAUUCAGCCGACCAUCGAUGGUAUGCGCAAGGACGAGAUGCCGUUUGUCGGCGUCCUCUUCACCGGGCUCAUGAUUACCUCGGCUGGCCCGAAGGUUCUCGAAUACAAUGUCCGAUUCGGAGACCCCGAGACACAGACUGUCCUGCCGCUGUUAUCGCGAGACACCGAUCUGGCCAAAAUCAUGGUCGCGUGCUCGGAGCGCUACCUAGACAGCAUUGUAAUUAAUAUCGAGCCCAGGUUCAGCGCGACUGUUGUCGUCGCUGCUGGCGGCUACCCCGAGUCGUACCCCAAGGGCGACGAGAUUACCGUAGGGGCAUCCCCCGAGGGCAUCAACAUAUUCCACGCCGGCACGAAGCUAGCGAACGACAAAUUGCUAACGGCCGGUGGACGAGUGAUAGCCGCCAAUGCCACAGCCGCCGAGAGCCUCCGGGCCGCGGUUGACAAAGCCUACGAGGGCGUGGGUCUCAUACGUUUCGACAAGAUGUACUACCGCAGAGACAUCGCGCACCGCGCCUUCAAGCCGACCUCGGACACCACCAAGGAGGCCCUGACUUACGCGCAGGCAGGCGUGAGCAUCGACGCCGGCAACCAAUUCGUCGAGCGGAUCCGCAACGCGGUGCGGUCGACGAAGCGGGCCGGCGCCGACGCCGAGAUCGGCGGCUUCGGCGGCGAGGUCGACCUGGCGAAGGCGGGCUUCUCGGGCGACGCGCCGAUCGUGGUGGGCGCGAUCGACGGCGUCGGCACGAAGCUGAUGAUCGCGCAGGCGACGGGCGACCACAGCACGGUGGGCAUCGACCUGGUGGCGAUGAACGUCAACGACCUGGUCGUGCAGGGGGCCGAGCCGGUCCUGUUCCUCGACUACUUCGGCUGCAGCCGGCUCGACCCGGCGACGGCCGCCGCCUUCGUCGAGGGCGUCGCCGCCGGGUGCCGCGAGGCCGGCUGCGCCCUCGUCGGCGGCGAGACCGCCGAGAUGCCCGGCAUGUACCGCGGCGACGACUACGACGCCGCCGGCGCCGCCGUCGGCGUCAUGCGCGCCCCCGACCGCCUCCCGCGCCUCGCCGCCAUGGCCGACGGCGACGUGCUGCUCGGCCUCGCCUCGUCCGGCGUCCACUCUAACGGCUUCUCGCUCGUGCGCCGCAUCCUGGCGCGCGAGGGCCUCGGCUACGACGCCCCCGCGCCGUGGGACGCGCCCCUCUUCGCCGCCUCCUCCGCCUCCUCGCCGCCGCCGGCCGGCCGCACCGUCGGCGCCGCCCUGCUAACACCGACGCGCAUCUACGUGCGCGCGGCGCUCGCGGCGCUGCCGCGGCUCAAGGGCCUCGCCCACGUGACCGGCGGCGGGCUGCUCGAGAACGUGCCGCGCGCGCUGCCCGCCCACCUCGCGGCCGACAUCGACGCGCGGUCCUGGCCGCUGCCGCCCGUGUUCCGCUGGCUCCGCCGCGCCGGCAACCUCGCCCCGCGCGAGCUCGCGCGCACCUUCAACGCCGGCGUCGGCAUGGUCGCCGUCGUCGCCCCCGCCGACGCCCCCGCCGUCGCCGACACCCUGCGCGCUGCCGGCGAGACCGUCUACGUCAUCGGCACCCUCGUCCCGAGGGCCCCCGGCGCCGAGGCCUGCGUCGUCAGGAACUUUGAGGUCUGGGACUAGGAGAGAGAGAGAGAGAAAGCAAGGACUGGGUAAAAACGCAUAGGCAGGUUAGACAAAAAAAAAAGGGGGGGGGGGGGUAGGUGAGGCGACUGGGUUCCGCUGCAACUACCCGUCUAGGUAGAUCAGGGUAGGCGAUGAACAGAAAUGUUUCGCGACGUUGAAGAUAUGCAGCUGCGUUACGCUAUGACUGUAUAUAUAUAUAUAUAUACCUAUAUGUAUGCAAUAACGAAUACGU